AUGUCUGAACAUUUCGCUUCUCUCAGCUUCCAUGGUGAAACAGCUGUCGUGACUGGGACGACACAUGGACUAGGGAUGGCUUUUUGCGGCGAGCUCGUGCAUCGGCACAUUGGCACCCUCAUUAUGGGCGUACGAAAUGUUCAAAGAGGUGAGGAAAUCAAGGCAAAGCUCCUGGCAAAAUCAAAAUUGAUUGCGGGGAGUUCCAAUGUUGUGAUCCACGUGGUAGAGCUUGAGAUGGGCGACUUUGAGAGCGUGAAAGCUUUUGCCGACCUCGUAAAAGCGCUCACGCAUACAAUCGAUAUUGUGCUUCUCAAUGCCGGUGUGGGUGGUCUCGAUUUUCAGAUCACACAAAGCGGCCACGAAAGGAUCGUGCAAGUCAACGUCUACUCAAACGCGCUCUUGGUCCUAAAGUUACUUCCAUUGCUAGAGCAAACAGCAACUCUCAAAUCUAGACCUUCGCGCUUGACUUGGGUUGGAAGUUUCGUUCAGAUGAACCAUUCCCUAGUAAAGCAGCCUGUUCCCGGUGACCGACCAGUGAUGGAAUAUUUUGAUGACAAACUCUUUUUCGACGGUAGGAGUCGCUAUCAAGACUCCAAGCUCAUAGGAAGUAUGGUCAUCAAGGAAAUGGCACGACGAAUCGACAAAAAUUGUGUCAUACUCAACGAGGUUUCACCGGGCCCGGUGUGGACAAAUUUUGGCGCGGUUUACCCUUUUUUUUGUGAUCAAGGGUCUUCUCGCAUCUAA